UCUCGUACGCAUGUUCGUUUGGUUUUGAAACCUCGCGCACGACCUUUGCAUGCAUUCCGGACAAGAGUAGAGCUGGUGAGCGCUCUUCGGGACAUCGUCAAAAUUCAACAGACAGCGGUCGAGGAACGUGGAAUUCUUCACCGUGAUUGUAGUGUCAAUAAUGCUAUGAUCGAGGAUGAUGGCAAUGGUACCAACGGACUCCUGAUUGAUUGGGAAUUCGCGGGCACAUUGCCUUUCAUGUCACGUUCACUUCUGUGGCAGCUUUCAGAGGCUGUUGGCGACCCUGCAACAUCUGCUCGCAGCUGGAAGGUGAAGGUUGCCACGUCUUCCCUUACAAAACCGCCCCCCCUCAUCCUACAUCACUACCAUGACGAUUUGGAGUCGCUUUUUUACGUCUUGGUGUGCAUCUGCAUUGAAUUCAGGGGUCCU